AAAAGAAAACGAAUUUAACAAACUACCACAUUGUGCUGUCAAGUGUCACGGAUUUUCUUGCUGUCGAUUUAAAACAGCACUAAUUUUGCGUAUUUGCGUACAAUCUGUUGCGGACUAGUCCCACAAUGGAGAUCCUUCUACCAAACUUCCCACCAACGCGUCCCGAAGUUCCGUAUUACUCCAAAUAUCACAGUGUAUUCUCAACCGAGGGCGUUGCCAUGACGUAUCCCCCGUUUUGCGAAAACAUUCCACUGGGACAACAGCUGGAAAACAAUAAGCCUGAUGACGAUUCAGAGCUAUACGACACGCAAUCCAAGAUCCUUAAGCCAAACGCCGAUUUUGCAUCUCACCCGAACACAAUAACCACCUGCGAUACUGCGUGCUCCUUGUCCGUUCACAGAGAAAUAACACACAGCUCGCAAAAUGUGGUUAAGAAAGUCAGUACACAGGACGGUACAAGGAACGCUGGAAAUACACGGUGCAUGGCAGAUGGUCUGCCUCAUGUCUGCGUUGCCAGUAGUUUGGUUAGUGCUGCCUCCACAAGUCGGGACGAAAUAGCACACGAUUCCAGAGAGGUCAUCGUUUGUGUUGGGGGAAUAACGCGGACUCAGCUCUUAGCGGAUGUGAACUGCUUCGAUCCUGUUGCGCUUACCUGGUCACCAUUAACGCCUCUUCCGCACGCUGUUAGGUAUCCUGGCGCUGUGAGUCUGGAUGACGGUUCGAUUUUUGUUUGUGGCGGAUUGACGUCGCCCGGCGAGUAUGGCCGGGUACUGCCGACCGUCUUGCGACGCGAUCCGAUGACUGGCCAAUGGAAUAACGCGGCACCCAUGCAGCAUGCCCGGGAACGCGCGGGUGCAGCCGUGCUCCACAGUCGCAUCUACGUAGCGGGUGGUCAAGGUUGGCGUGGCCGUCUGACGGACGCCGUGGAGAUGUACGAUCCACAGUGCGAUCAGUGGCGGUCCGUAGCGCGCUUGCCAACGCCCAUGAAUGCAUUCGCCAUGGUGGCGCAUCAAGACUAUUUGUACACGUUCGGAGGGCGUUCACCUGAAAGAUAUCUUGACUCAGUAUUCCGUUACGAUCCACACGUGGACACGUGGAGUGAACUGGCUGGGAUGCGGAUGAAGCAUGGCUCCCUCUCCGCAUGUGUUGGCUCGAGCGGCUUGAUUUUCGUUGUUAAUUUCGGUCAAAAUGUCGCGGGAUCCAUAAAGAAUCCCAUGGAGGCUUACGACACCAGAGCAAAUCGAUGGCAAACUAAGGCGAGAACAAACCAGAAGAGGAUAUGCCAACCGGGGACCUGUCUCGUGGGAGAAACGAUAUACGCCGUUGGCGCAGACGAGGAAGUUGGACAGCCUACAGGUCGCUCCAUGGAGUGUUACAAUGAAAUCGCUGACAGGUGGACCAUGCAUGGAAGCCAGCUACCAACCGGAGCCAGUGGCGUGCGUUGUGUGGUCAUCAAAUCAUCGAUCAUCACACCAUAAUUGUUGGUCGUGCUUAAUAUAGCGUAUAACAGGCGAGAGUCGUUCCACUUGCUUUUUGUUUCAGCGUUUAAGUUUGGAGAUUAUGACGUGCAACGCUAUGAGCAUAUUGGGUACAGUCCCUUCUCAUGUUAAC